AUGCGCCCCCGCACCCUCCUCCUAACCAUAGACGCAUUCAACACAAUCUUUCAUCCGCGCCACCCCAUUCCCGAACAAUACAUUUCCGCCUUUAACUCCUUCAAAGUUCAACAAUCUCCUGAGCUCACGCCAUCCAUCCUUCAACCAGCCUUCAAAUCCGCUUACAAAGCGCAAUCCCGCCGCCGGCCCAACUAUGGCCGCGCGGAUGCCAUCCGCGGCCAAUACGGCGGACCAAGGCAGUGGUGGGAGGAGCUUAUACGCACGACGUUCCGACAGGUCUUGGCAAAUAAAUCUACCAAAUUACCAGAUGAGCUAAUCCAGGGCUUACUGGAUCGCUUCGCGAGUUCCCAAGGCUACGCGCUCUACAACGACGCGGGCGAGUUAUUUCAACGCCUCAGGCAAAUCAAAACCACCGGUCAGAAACUGGGCGUUUUUGAGAGGAUAGUUGUGGGAGUCCUCUCCAACUCAGAUGACAGGGUGCCUGCUGUGCUCCAGUCAUUGGGGCUGAGUGUAGGGAAGGGAAGAGCGGAUCAGGAAAUCGAGAGUUUGAAAUUACCGGGAUUCGAGGAUCCUUCGAGUAUUUCCACUGAAGAGUAUGGAGAAAGGGUUGAUGAUAUUGAUCUCGUGAUCACGAGUUAUCAGGCUGGAGAGGAGAAGCCUAGUCCGGUGAUCUUUGACGUGGCUGAGCGGCAGGCGAAGAGGCUGGUAGGGGCUGGUGAGGAAGAUGGUGAUUGGGUGCGUGUUCAUGUGGGCGAUGACUAUGACAAGGAUUAUCGUGCUGCUGUUGAUGCGGGGUGGAAGGGAGUUUAUGUUCCCCGAGAUGAAGGUGGGGGGAAGGAGGGGGUGGUGAUUCGGUCGUUGGUGGAUUUGAUUCCGAUCUUGGAGGGGAUGAAAUAG